AUGCAUCUGCCUCUCAUCCUUGAGCUCAGUACUGCCCUACUGUCCAUUCUCCUCGUCUUCUUCUUCCGUUCGUCCAACAUCUUCUUCAAACUGCCUGCCAAUCUGAGCUUUCAAGUGCCUGUCAACCUCACUUCAGACUACGGCAAGAUAAUCCAUGCCUCCCCAGCUGCGGUCCUCAAGCCAAGCAGCCCAGAUGACAUCUCCCUUCUCCUCAAGUCCAUCUACUCCUCUCCACUCCACAACGACGUAACAGUAGCUGCCAGAGGCACCGGCCACUCGACGCACGGCCAAGCGCUGGCCCCCGGCGGUUUUGUCAUCGACAUGCGGAGCCUGCCACUCUCCAUCACGAUCGUCGACGGCGAUGGCACCUCCUACGUCGAUGCCGGAGGGGGAGCCUUGUGGAUUGAUGUGCUGAACGAGACCUUGAGGCAUGGCCUUUCACCGAGAUCGUGGACGGAUUACUUGUACCUCACCGUGGGCGGAACUCUCUCGGUCGGCGGUAUCAGUGGCCAAACAUUCAAGCAAGGGCCUCAGAUAUCCAAUGUCGUGGAAAUGGACGUCGUCACAGGUUAA